AUGCAAACUGGGGUGGUUGAUCUCCUGCUGCAGCAGGGCAGCCGAGUGGACAUCAACUGUCAAAACAACAAAGAUGGUGAAACUGCCCUGUCAGCGGCGGCCCGUCUCGGAGGUCAAGGUCUACACAUCUUGAAGCUCAUUCUGGAGGAUUCACGAACAGUGCUCAAUGCUGUGGACAAGUCGGGCAAGAGUGCGCUAUGGCACGCUGACUCAAAGGGACACGUUCAGGUUGUAAACGAGCUCCUGAAAGAUCCAAGGCUUCACAGCGAUCUGACAUAUGUUCCUUCGGCGGUGGGCAAGCACUAG